ACGAUAAUCAGCAGAAGUAACAUUAAUGAGGUCCAUGAUCUGAUUACUCUCCUCCAUCGUCACCUCCUUUGCCAUCCUUUUCCCUGAUCCUCGUCUGAUCUAAUAGAACCCCAGUGGCUCCUUCCUCGCGUCCGCAAGCACGCCUAAGCGCCCGUAUUGCUUGCCGGCUCUGCUCAUAUGUGACAUGUUUGUUGCUGAAUGAGCUUUGUCGAAAGACGAAUUCGCAAGCCUCUGAUAGCUUCCAGCAAACUUCGUAUGAAGACAUGUGUCGGUGGCAUGAACCCUGUUUUUGUAUUCGAGCACACGUAGUACCUCUCUGCCCUCCGCCUCGCAGACUAGCCGCGCGAACGCCUUCCUCGGCAACCAAUACACAUAAGCCGCCUCAGUAUCUUUGCUCCCCCCCCUUUCCGCAACAAGGCUCUUGUAAUCAGGAAGCCAUCCGACGGGUUCAGUCCUGUGCCUCCUUCCUUCGCAGUAAAACUAAUUAUUCAUCAUCGUGGCCACUGCCAGUGUCACCAUGGAAAGUGCACAGUCCCUUUGGUGUUCGUCUAGCCCCUUUUGUGUCUCCUGAUUCCGCACUUGAUUGUCCCGUGGUCCGUGACCGAUACUGUUUCCUCUUCGUAGGUUCUCUUCGUGCACCACCUAAGGUCCAGCAAGGCCGCCAUCAAGUAGCUGUUCACGCAGCACCUGCUUCCACAGUUCGCAGAGGCAGAGAGAGGCCGAAGGACAGGAAACAAGGCCCCGAGAGAUCCGGGACGAGACCACAGGAGCACGGGCAGACGCAAAGGCGCAGCGACAACGGAGCGGGG